CCUUUUGCAUACUCGCUCCUGAGUCCCAACCAGCAUUCCCAGUGCCAUCACAACGACGUUGGGGCAUCACAACAACACCAUACAUCGCACACAUUCUGCAUCCAGUGCAGUACGUGCCUGUGCAACGCCGGCACCUCAUUUCUCCCGGGAUUCCUCUAAUGUUGGCUCGUACCGCCACCCUCAGGCUCGAGAACUCCGCGCUUCGUCUCUCGCGUUUCACUGGCGCAAACGUCGGCAGAAAGUCCAUUCCCGCUGUUUCCCGGCCCUGGGGUCGUCAGUUCGACCCACAAAGUCCACGUGAUUGGACGGCGGCGUGUCGCAAUCGCGAUUGGCAGAAGCGUGGCUUGGCGAUAAUAACCGGCGGAGAUAAGCGGCGGUUUGGCGGGGCAGCAGCGAUGGCUGGAACACCGGAGCCUGCAGCCGCUGCUGCUAUAGCGGGGACAACUUUAGCGGGAACAGCAGCUCCCAAAGCGCCACUAUCGCGUCGGAUCGUGAAUACAGACGAACCCGUUAUUGUACAGAUGCGUGACCUCAUGACGCUCAACCCUGACGUCAUGUCGCUAGGCCAGGGCGUGGUGUACUGGCUGCCACCAGAUGCAGUCUUAGCAGCGGCGCAGGCAGCCGUGCUCGACCCUGUGAGCAGCGGGUACGGCGUGGAUGACGGCACCAAGGAGCUGAGAGCUGCUCUGGUGGAGAAAGUGAAGGAGGAGAAUGGGCUGGUGGAUUCGUCUAUCAUGGUCACUGCUGGGGCCAACCAGGCGUUCGUCAACGUGGUGCUGACCCUCUGUGACCCAGACGAUGCAGUGGUGCUCUUCAAGCCCUUCUACUUCAACCACCGGAUGGCCUUUCAGAUGACUGGCGUCACGGACAUUGUGUACGGGCCGUGCGACCCAGAUACUCUGCAUCCCAGCGCUGAUUGGCUGGAGGAGGCGCUUUCUGGGAAGGAGGGCAGGAAGGUUCCCAAGGUGGUAGUGAUCACCAAUCCCAACAACCCCACCGGGACCUACGUUCCCGAGGACUUAUUGCGGAGAAUUGCUGCUAUAUGCGAGAAGGCUGGCUCCUGGCUUGUGCUGGAUAACACCUAUGAGUACUUCAUGUACGAUGGUAACCGCCAUGUGUGCAUGGAGGGCCCUCACAUCCUCAACAUCUUCUCCUUCUCCAAAGCCUAUGGCAUGAUGGGGUGGCGCGUCGGCUAUAUCGCAUACCCCAACUCCUCCCCUCGCCUCGGCCCCUCUCUGAUCAAAGCCCAGGACACCAUCCCCAUCUGCGCCAAUCUCAUUGGUCAGCAAGCCGCCCUAGCCGCCCUCCAAUCCGCUUCCGCCGGAAAGCCUUUCGUUGACCGCCUCAUCCAAACCCUAGCGCCGAACCUGGAACAGGCUCGGGAUGCCCUAGCUGUACUCACAGGUCCGGCAGUGGGGGGCCGGGUGUGGGGCGGGGAAGGGGCGAUUUACCUCUGGGCGAAGCUUCCCAAUGGUUGUGAGGAUGAUGGGGCGGUGGUGAGAUGGCUGGUGAGUGAGCAUGGUGUGGUGGUGAUUCCGGGGAGUGCGAGUGGUGCGCCCGGGCAUAUUAGGGUUUCUUUUGCGAAUUUACCUGCGGAAAAGUACAGGGUUGCGGCUGGGAGGUUGAAGAAGGGGCUUGAGGAGCUGGUGAAAGGGGGAGUGAAGUUUCCUCUUGAUCGGUAGAGAGCGUUUCUUUGUUACCUAAUUAGGUGGUAUUGUAUUACGGUAUUCAUAAUAUUGACGUACGAAGCCAAUAUUACAUUAGAUGGUUCUUUGUAGCCAAAGCACACGCAUAGGACACUCAUGCGCAAAGCCCUAUAAGGGUAUAUUAGACUUCAAGUGUAUCGUAAUCACCCGGAUAGACGCCCCUCCGUAGGACUAGUCCCAUAAACUUUAUCUCGUGCA